CUGAGGCCAUUCCGCACUAUCAAAGCACAACGGAGGCGAAAUCACGCAGGACAGCUAUUGCCACCACUGGACUGCCUCAAGCGCUGUGGAUCCUGCUCGACAUGUGACUUCGAACACGACUAUCGCUCGAUUUCCCCUAGUUGUAACAUUCCAUCCACAGCCACAUCCCACUCUUGUGGCCAGUCAAAGAUCCCCCUUAGCCGACAUGUCUCUGAAAGACUCGUCCAUUCUGUUUGGUCAGGCUGUCGUUCAGCUGAAAGAGCAGGCUGACGGCGACCCUGCGGCGUCGACUUCGUCCGGACUCGCACAGUUACAAGUUACUUCGGGCCUCAACUUUCUAACCCGUAGACAGUCAUGCACACUCAUCUCCAGUCUCCUAGAAGUGAACGGAUAUCGUAGGUUGGAUUACCCAGUUGAAGAGAUGCAUUGGCUUAUCAAGGGAUACGCUGGCUCAUCAGGCUGCAUGCUUGGGUUCAGAUGACUGCAUGCGGAAGGCUUCUCAUAGGUUGUCCGAAAUCCUCCCGCAUCGUCCUUCGAAACCAUUCACGUGCGCAGUGGACUCUCUACCCCGCGAAGGGCGCAGCCUGCCCCUUCUCGAAGACACCGACGAUAUGGCUCCCGCCGAAGUCACGGAAGACUACUAUGCGAUCCUCCAGAUCCUACACACUGCCAGUUCUGAAGAGAUAACGAAGAGCUAUCGACGCCUAGCCCGUAGCGUGCAUCCUGACAGAAACAAGGGGUGCCUUGCUGCGACAGCUGCUUUCCAGGUGCUGCAAAAUGCGUACGAGACGCUGAGUGACCCUGGCAAGCGGCGUGACUAUAACGAAAAGUGGCCAAGUAUUAGAGAACAGAAGGAAGCGGAAGAGGAGAAGCGGCGAGCUGAAGCCGAAGCCGAGGCAGAGGCGGAGAAGGAGAGGCGCAGGGCUGAACAGGAAACAGCCAGGCAGACGCGCAAGGCUGAAGAGAAAGCAAGGCAAACGCACAAGGCAGAGGCCGGACGCCACGCUGAAAGGGCAACCCGGACCAAACCACCCUCUCGAAAUGAGCAUAUCACGAAAUUACAACACCAGAAAACCGAAUUGGAUAGUGAUAUUUUCGAGCUGAACCGGGCCAUUCGUCGACUGCAAGCGGACUUGAAGCGUUUUGCCGUUCAGGAUGAGGAAGACGAAGCCCAGCGGAAGAAACACCAUGAUGGUAUGAAUCCCUGGGAUAGAAAUCUCCAUUCAGCAAAUAGCGAGCUUUCAGAGGAAGACAAGAUGGCCAAGGACCGCGAGGCAUUACAGCGGGUCGCGGCUAGAGGGAUAAAGGAGACUCAGUUGCGCGAAAAGGGGAGCAAGCUCCAGCAGCUGAAUUGCGACAUGCACAAUGUACAGACGAUGAUCGCCGCUGAGAAGAGAAGCAAAGACGAUGCAGAGAGGGAGGACGCCCUCAGAGAGCGGGAACAUUUCAGGACGCGAGAGAAAGCAAGUCAGCAGCGAGAAGAGCAACAGAGACGCGAAGAGAUUAGAAAGAGAAUAGAAGCGCAGCGGAGGCGGGAAGAUCUAAAGAAACAGGUAGAAGAGCAGCAGAGGCAAGACGAAGCAAAACAGCAGGCAGAAGAGCAGCAAAGGCAGAAAAAAACGCAACAGAAGCAAGAAGAGAUGAAGAGACAAGCAGAGGAGGAGCAGAGGCAUGAAGAACUGAGGAAACAUACAGAGGAGCUCUGGAGGUGGGAACAAUUAAGAAGACAUUUUGAGACGCGAGCAGAAGGGCAGCGAAAAAAGGAGGAAGAGAGAAGACAAGCUUUUUGGCAAGAGUAUUUCCAAACGAUGGAGGAGGAAGGCCGCAAGGCGGCAGAGAGGAAAGCAGCCGAAGACUUCGCGCGCCGGGCUCAGACCAAUAUGUGCCUUGGAGAUGACUGCCCAAACGUAAAGCUCGUCACAGCUGAGCGCCAAAACGAGUCCUUGCCUCUGCAAUUUGUUGCCGAAUGUAAACAUUGUGGGUACUACUCACCCUCGUACGCAACUGUCAAAAGCCAGCACCUUGCUCCUGGUCUGCCUUGCCUCGGAGCUCCUUCGUGGAAGAAUAACCGUUACGAGUGCGGCUGGUGCAGUUAUUGGGCGACUUCAUAUCCCGAGUUCGACAGUUCGCAUCGCAAAUUGCGACGAAACUAGGAAGAUGGGAGAGGAUAUCAAGCAUUGGGGUUGUAUGGUAUUCGUGACGUAUGUCGGAGAGUUUUCCGUUGAAUUGGCUCAAAGAGAAAGCAUUUGUAUUUCGAAGACGGACUGCAGGGCCGGCUUCAAAGCCUUCGGAUCGCGGGCCUACAUUCUCUCACUUCCGUAUGUGUACUCGUAUUUUUGGCCUCUUUUCAGCGUGCA